AUGUUUGAACUCCCAGAGGCGAAGAGAGUCCGUCGCGAAGAUCUCCUCGACUCGGCAUCUGAUGGUUCCGAUGUAGACGAGGACGACCAGCACCAUGCCGCCCUGAGGGCUCGCCUUGAGGCCCAGCUCGCAAGCGCCUUCACAUUCGCCCCGAUCGAUACUCCAUCGUCUGCACGUGCACCAGCUCCCGCCGCAGACCAGGAUUCAGACGGAGAGGCGCAUCGGGGUCAGGAGAAGCAGCAGAGGCAGCAGGAAGAGGAGGAAGAGGAAGAGUUUGAAUUCAGGCUCUUCAGCUCCGCCAAGCCAGCCGCAAAGGUCAUCCUGCCCGACGAUGACGAGGGCGCGCCGCGCGGCGAGGGCGCCAUGCUGCGGCGGCGGCCGCUGCGGUACUACCUUGCCGAACCCCUGACGGACGCACAGCGCGCCGAGGUCGAGUUCGCGGCCGUCAGCGCCGAGGAUGUCUUUGAGCGGGCGGCACGGCGGUGCUGGGGCAUGGAGAUGCCGUGGCGCGUGACACACAUCGAUGGCGCGGCUGGCGCGGGGACGAAGAAGAAGGCAGCGUCGUCGGCCACGGGCCUGCGAGAGGACGGCAAGAGGAAGAGACCGGGACAGAAGAAGAGGCUCGCGAUGCGGACGAGAGAGAGGGAGGCGAAGAAGAAGGCUGAAGAGGCGGAGAAGCUGAAGACGAGCAAGGAGGAGCAGCUGAGGGAAAAGAAGAAGAGGCUGAACCGCCAGCGGAAGCUCAAGAGGAGAGCCAAGGCAAAAGAGGAGAGGGCUGCGGCGGGGUUGCCGAGCGAUCAUGGAGGGUCCUCGUCUGAAGGCGACGACUGA